CAAAUUCAACGGUAUUUCACAUUUUGCUAUGCAUUCGGCCGCACAGUAAUGCCGGAUGCUGGCUUUUGUUGAAUUUUGGAUGGAAAGCCUAUGAAGGCCAUCCUCAGACUAGGCGACGAUUUGGCCCUGAUUUUAUUAGAAGGGGCGAAUUAAUGUUUCAAUAUUUUCAUUUUACACAAUCGACGUCAUUAAAGUCAAAACAGGUAGUAGUAGAGUUUACAGUUAAAUAAAAAUAAUACUUACACAAUAUAAAAUUACAAUACUAAGUACGGUUUGGUUAUCAACGUCCGCAUCGUCAGACGACGACUAAACAGUUUAGCUGGUAAUGAACGGAGAAAACCUUUGGCUAUGACUUUAUGUAUCUCGUACAUGCUGUAUCUAUGCCUUCACCCCUUUUUCAAGCGGAUGGCAAUUUUUCCCAAUGGUGAAGUCAACCCCAUACACUUAAACUUAAGCUUUGAACAAAACCGAAGGACAGCGUGCACAAAAAAAAAACAAGGUCUCAUAUGGCAUUUGCAUAAAGCAAUAGGUAAAAGUAAAGACAUAAAUAUCAGUCAGUCCAAUUCACAGGUUUUCAGGGCCAAAGGAAACAAAAUAGUGUUUCAUUAUAAUCGGUAGAACAUAUGGCGUUAAUUAUUAGAGGUUCAUUAAAAUUUACGUAUGGCCAGUCUGAAAAUUGAAAAAAUAAAAUAAAUAAUAAAUAGCUCUUGGUUCAGGCAACUUGACGGACUGAAAUUUGGACGAAUUCAAACAUAGAUCUAUCAAAGAAAAGUAAAGCUAAUGUCAUGGUAGCCAAAUGUGAAGGUUUGGUUUUAAUAAUUGGUUCAUUCUAAGUUUUAUAUCUACAUCCUGGACCAUCCAAAAUGAAAUUAUUUGUUAUUAAUAAAAGGGCAGAUACGGUAAUAAUUUAUACGUAACAGGUGCAAGGAAACUGCCCUCUCCGAAUGAGCUUCGAAGAAAAAUACGUGUCACUGUUAAACACCGAUAGUGAAAUUAAAUAUGGAUGAUUGUUGUGAAUUGUCACAUACCUCUCCAAAGAACACCUUCCAAGAUAAAUUGAAAACGUGGUUAAAAUGUAAGGGUAUCCAAGAUAUGUACGCUAAGCGUGCUGACAACAUGAGCACUGAAGAAUUUGGUAACGGUGCGGUUUGUAGGCAACGUUUUAAAGGCAUUGAGAACUUCUUGAGGCGAGUCGCAUUUAAUUUGGGCAAUACACCGUCCCAGACCGAAGUGAAAAUAAUAUCUUGCAUUCCGAUUGAUGUAACGGAUCUGCAACAAAAAAUUCUCCACUUGGAGAAACAACUUGACGAGUCUGGCAAGCGCUCCCCAGAUAUACAGUUACCAAAUCAAAAUCCAAUAACUAACAAAGUGACCAAACUUCCAAAGCCGUCGCUUUCGCAAAAGCGAACCGUCAACACCGUGCUAUGUGAAACCAACUUCCCUCACGUCUCCACCACUGCCGUCGCCUGCAACGCAUUGGACUGCGACAGAAGCACAAGCCCAGCAUGCACGCAGUCAGGAAAAAAGUCUAAUGUUUCUUUCAUAUUUCCAACGACAAGUGCAGUGGAACAUUCACAAAUUAACUUAGACGAAAACCCAUAUACCUCUCAGCGUACGGCCAUACAACCUGAAAUUAUACCAACCUACAAUUAUAUUCCAAAAAUGAAUAACCCAAAGCCAAAUGAGUAUCGAAAAAACUUUUUUAGAAAUAAAAAGAAGUUACUAAAGAAAAGUAAAAAAGCAAAAUCACCGUAUAUCUAUUAUGCACAAACACAUACUUCUCCAUUUAAUAAGGGUGACAUGAAAGCAGACGUUCCUAAGAAUGACAAUGAUCUAUCUCGUUCGUAUUUGAGUAAAAUGAUAAAUAAGCAAUAUAAACCUAAACUACUAGGGGGUAAUAUGUCUCAGGUUAGCGAGUUUUCUACGCCUAUUUGCAGAGAUAGUCUGCCGCAAGCUGAAAAUAUCGGACGUUUCGAGUCGGACCUAUGCUCAUGUUGCCACGGAGCUUUUCACAACAUUGACAACAACGUCACUGUUAAAUAUCCUCAGACUUACAUGAUUAAUGAGAUUAGCACUGGUAACGCAUAUUAUGACACUAACGAUUACGACUUAGUGCCCGUAAGGGAAAAACCUAUUAAAAUGAAAAACGACUCUGAUGUUUCAAGAAGAAAGGAACUUAAGCCCCAAAUUGAUAUGAGAUGUUGGCCAGAAAAUAUUCGCAGUAAAUAUCGAAGCCAUCUAUACUAUUAUCCACCUGGAGACUACCCACCGCUUAAGCCUAGCUAUAAUUAUGUAAUUAAAAAUAGACCAGACUACUACAGUGGAUACACGCGAAAAUUGCCUAAACUAAGUAGAACAGAACCAACAGCAAAGAAAGUCACCGUAAAGAGAAGGAGAAUGAAUAGAGAUCGGCACAUUAGCGUUGAAACUUCAAAGAGUUGCUAUAUUGACAUUGGAUCAAAUUAUCCUAAAAAACUGUAUAAAAAACCUAAGGUACAAAAAAGUCUACAACCUAUUCCGUUACUGCAUAAAAAUGCUGAAUGUUUGACCACUGUUAUAAACAACAGCGAAUGUCAGACAGUAACAAGUAACAUCGAGGCAAAUUUGUCGGAGGCCAAAACAGAAGCAACAUUAAAUCAAAUCAAAAGUAUAUUGCAGUCGGUUCUUGCAGAAGUUAAGGUUUCCAGUCAAACGAGGAGUCAAAUUUCAGAGGAGAAACCGAAAAAGGAUGCUGUCGUUCAAAAAGGUCCAUCGCAGAGUAACAUGCCGACUUCUAGUCUAAUGAACAGCAUAACUUAUAGUCCUUACGCGAUGAACCCAAAUCCGUACAUGGCAUCCUGUUCAAGGCAGUUGAGUUCGGGCCCGCUUUGUUACCCACCUGCACCACUUAAAUGUUUUCAGAACUUUCCUCUUUUCAUCCAAACUCCAGGAAGACACGUGUGCGCUAGCUGCUACAGAAAUAGUUCUCACGUCAAAUCGAGUCACUUAAAACAAGCGACAACAACAGCUACUAAUACAGAUGAAAUGAAAGAAGAAGCAAGAAGUAAAGAAACAGAAAAGUUGAUUAAAGAAAUUUAUAAAUCAAUGGCGCUCACUAUGGAUUUAAAUAAUAAAGAUACGUCACUGAGUGAUUACGAGGAUGUUAUUAAAUCUACGCAUGUUUUUGCUGGUCCAGUACUUGUAAAGGCGGAGAAAAAGCAGCCGAAAAACAUGAAGAAUGUAAUGCAAGCUAUGUCAGAAUUAUUUAUUAAAAAAGAAGUAGCGGAGUCUUCAGAAAGCCCGAACACAACGAUGGAAAGCAAGUUACCGUCACAUAAUACAAGCGUGCGAUCGCAGCUGGUCACAACCGACACUGAGGUAAAGCUAAGAAGAGAAAGGCUGGAGAAUUACUUGCGAGCGCGGAACCCGCCGCCUAUUAUGGAAGCAGAUAGACGUGUGCUCCGUAAGGGCGUUAUACAUAAUGUGACCACGAUUACAGAGUCGGAGUCUUCGAGCUCUGAGUCUGAUAGCGACGUCACACUGGUUCUCCCCAAAGAGCCUCACGAAACGAAACAAAAAAAGGAAAAGCAAGGAUUGUUCAGCAAAAUGUUGAAAUCUGUCAAGCUUUUCAAGGCCAAGGAAAAGUCUAAGAAUAAAGAAGAAAAAUCUGAUAAGGACGUGGAAUCGUCGAGUGACUCCGACGACUACCAGACCGUGUACAGUCAGAAGAUAGAGCGGACCCUCAACCACAGGAACCGCGCGCACAACCUGCCCAAACGCAAGACGCACUCGAAGAUAUCCUACAAGCACGCUUACCAACGAGACAGGAGUCCUGAGAAAAGGAGGCCUCCCUACAUGGAGCAGGAGUACCGGAGGCACUGGAACGAGAAGCUGAUGUUCCAGGAGGACAAAGCCAGGCACUCGUCGGAGCAGGCCUAUUCUACGUCCACUACUCAAAAAACACCCUUCUAUCAAAUUGUUGAAGCUAGGAAUACAUUCCUGGAACCAAAAAAAACUUAUAACCCAAAAGCUGACUUUAGGAGAGUAAGAGGUAACCGAGAGGAGAGUACCGUCACAACGGAGUCCAAGUUACCCAUGAAAGGGUUGGCAUGGCUAAAAAAGCAGAAAAUGGGCAUCCAUUGUGGGGAACAAUGGAAAAAGUUAAUACUUGAAAGUUAAGUUUGCGUUUUGUGCUGUUCUGUAAUCUGUCCUUGUGUCACUUGUGUAGAAAAAUUUUCAAAUAAAAAUUUUAGUCUAAUAAAAAUUUUUAGCAACCGAUA